UGUAUGCGUUACAAGGCAACUAGCAUUUUGUUUUGUCAUGGAAUGAAAGAAUGUUCUUGUUUUUCAUUGGAAAAACCAACGCCGACGUCAAGAUCAGUCUCCUUUCUCUUUUCGGGAGCAGAGCUUCAAAAGAUGGACAGUAACGAUCGCGUAAUAUCAAUUUAUCGGCCUCGUCAUCGAAAGCGGCUUCCAAUUGCUCGGAAAUUCUCAGCUAUAUGGGGGACUUUGAUGGUGAGCAAAAAGAAUUGAUCAAGAAAUUGGUAAACUUUCGCAUGAUCGAUGGUAAAAGAACGAGAGUUCGUGCUAUUGUUUAUAAAACUUUUCACCGCCUAGCUCGAACUGAACGCUAUGUAAUCAAACUUAUGGUUGACGCCGUAGAUAAUAUAAAGCCAAUAUGCGAAGUGGUCAAAGUAGGAGUCGCAGGUACUAUUCAUGAUGUUCCUGGGAUUGUAGCCAGGGAUCGUCAACAAACCUUAGCUGUUCGUUGGAUCCUUGGAGCAGCUUUCAAACGACGUAUAAGCUACAGGAUAAGCUUAGAGAAAUGUUCAUUUGCUGAGAUACUGGAUGCUUACCGAAAGAGGGGAAUUUCACAUAAGAGAAGGAAGAAUCUUCAUGGACUGGCUUCCACCAAUCGGAAUUUCGCGCAUUUCAGAUGGUGGUAAAGUGAUACCACAUAAGGAGCUCUUCCUCAUUCAGUCAUACUCAACAAAAGUCAGAAAUGUUUGACCCUGAUCCUUUUUUCAUCUUCAUAUAGAAAGAAAAUCGGCCUUCCUCAUACUCCCCC